AUGGCGGCACGACCUCUGCCCGGUACAACUGGGUUAAUUAACCUUCACUAUGGUCACCAGAGAACUUCGCUCAGUCAAUUACAUACUCUCUCUCGGAGGAGAGCUACCAGUGAUACACUUUCGACGCAACUCCGAUCGGAUCAAGCUGGAUUGAGUGUUUCUCUACUUGCUGGGUGUCAACAAGCUCGGUACUUUAAAAAGGCAAACUAUGUGGAAAAGAUCGGUGACAAUGAAAGAACGGAGGAGCUCUUGGAAACCUUGGAGGAGAAGCAUAAUGAAAGAAAGGCCGGUUCAUCGCGGCACGUUCUAGACAAGGAUGGGAAGAGGCCUUCGACAGAAGGCCAGAACAAGAAAUGGUCAGAGGAUAUGACGAAAGGGAAACUGUUGACAACACCAUCCCGGCUAUUCAAGCUUAUCAUCCCUUUGACAACGGUCGACAGCCGCGAUGGCGAUAAAGGUAUUGCUGGCAUCCACAAACGGCGCCUUGUCCCUCCCAUCGAGGGAAAGCUCGAAAAACUCCGCCCACCAGCCAUAUCCUUUAUUGCUCUCCAGCACGAAGACAACGCGAUCAAACCAAGAAAGAAGAUCGACGAGCUUGAAACCGACAAGACUCAGCGUGUAGCAGUGGAAAAGCAAUACAGCAAUGACACGCCCGUCCAACGUCGACGCUCCCGAGAGGAAGAUGCCGAGAUAUACAGCUACCCGCGCAAGACAGAUAGCAGCUUGGACCCGCUAGACGGCGCGCCAGAACGGUUUGUCCGGUGGUCGCAAGCGACGGAAAUUGGGGAUUUUGUUCGUGACGCUGCGCGGGCGGGCGAGUUCAUCGUUACCAUCGAGGGGGCACCAGUGGGCCUGGGUCAGAUCCGAGUAACGGUGCCAUCUUUCAAUGAGCGCACGUACUUUCUCCGACUGCGAAUGCGUAAGCUCUCACGACGGAUCCAAAGCAUUGCUGAAAUCAAGACCAAAUGUGACGAGCUUGCGCAUCGCGGGGCCCAAAGAGUUGCCAUUGGUGGUUUUGGAAUCCUCUCGGUCUGGUGGUAUAGUGUCUACAAAUUGACUUUCGAGACGGAUCUAGGAUGGGACACCAUGGAGCCAGUGACAUACUUGGUCAGUUUGUCAACAUUGAUGGGAGGUUACUUGUGGUUUUUAUAUCACAACCGUGAGAUAUCGUACAAAUCCGCGCUGGACUUUACAGUCAGUACGCGCCAGCGAAAGCUAUAUCAGCAGCAUAGCGUCGAUCUUCAGCUUUGGGAGUCCUUGAUUGAUGAGGGCAAGGCGCUCAGGAGAGAGAUCAAGAGCAUUGCUGCCGAGUAUGAUGCGGAGUGGAAUGAGCGAUCUGACGAACAAGAUGAGCGGGUCACAGAGGUGCUGCGGUCGAAUCGCGGCGAGAAGGAUGGGAAAAAUAGGAACAAAGAUGAUAAAGAUAGCGAGGACGAUGAUUGA